AUGUCUGUAAUUCGUAAAAAGUUAGUGAUAGUUAGGGACGGAUCUUGCGGUAAAACUUGCCUUCUAACUGUAUUAAGCACAGACAGGUUUCCUGAAUUUUAUAUUCCAACUGUUUUUGAAACUAGCGUCACAGACAUUGUAAUGAAUGGGAAUGUGGUAGAGAUGGGCUUAUGGGACACAGCCGGCCAGGAUGACUAUGAUAGACUGAGACCUCUUUCAAUCCCGACACCGAUGUUAUUCUUAUGUGUUCCAGAUAGUUUAGAAAAUGUAUCUGAAAAAUGGACACCAGAAGUGAAACACUUUUGUUACAAUGUUCCAAUUGUUCUUGUUGGAAAUAAGAAAGACUUAAGAAAUGAUGAAUCAACUAAGCGUGAACUUGAAAAAAGAAAACAAGAAGUAGUAACGUUUGAAAGUGGACGUGCGAUGGCGGAACAUAUCGGAGCAGUGUGUUAUCUAGAAUGUUCUGCUUUGAAAAAUGAAGGAGUGAGAGAAGUGUUCGAAGAAGCAACAAGGGCUGCGUUAAAAGGGGAGGAAAAGAAGAAAAGAAUUAAAUGUAAAAUAAUGUGACUUGUGUGUUUCGACUAGGAAAAUGUAAGGACUGAACUUUUAUAUAUCUGUCAAGAACAAUGACGGAAUGAUUAAGGGAGGUGAUCGAGACAGAAAAGGUUUCGCGUUAAAUGAACAGCUAAAGAAGAGAGAAAGUUGUUAUCAGAAUAAUUUGCUAAGGACAAUAGUGAGGUUGGAGAAGUACCAGUAUUUCAGGCAGCAGAAUAACAUCUGCUCGAACGGCGAAGAAAAUGAUGGCGAUAACAUGAAGAAUAAUGUAACAUUUGAGACAUUUGAAACACUAUUUUAAACGGUUACACAUUUCGUCACAGUUUCGUUUGUGUCAAUGAUUAUAAACAUUUGCGAUUUUAUUUCUUUUGGAAAAAAAAAACAUUAAUAUCUAGUAAAGGUUCAAUAUAACCACGAUGGCUUGACGCAUUUAGACUGCCUUACACAAUUUUAGAAAUAAUUGUAACAUCAUAAAUAUGACUAUACAUGUAUAUUGUUGCAUUCUUAGAAUUCAUUUAGUUUUUUUGCCAAGUAACUCCCGAAUAUUCCGUGGACUUUCAUAGCAUUGUGCAUUGUAUUAUAAACUUUGCAAUCAUUUAAAUUAUUGAACUAAUUACUAAAUGACUGACCAUUGCUCUCUAAUCAUUAUAUGUAUACUAGUUAUAUUAUCAUAUUACAUUCCAUCACAGCGUUAGUUUACAUAUGUUUUAUCUGUUGUAUAAAAUACAGCGAAAAAUGAAAAAUUGCGAUGAACGAUUUGAUCGAAUGGUUUUAUAUUAUGCUUUUAUGGUGAAUCCUGUUAAUUUCAAUUUAAUGUUGCUAAUAUUAUUUUAAAAUGAUAAUCAAAAAGAUGUUUAUUAACAUAAUAGUCUCUAAUCCAAAGCCAACAAAACUACCGAUCCAAACAUUACUGUUGCUUAACGAUAAGAUAUGAAGCAUACGUAUAUUCAAUUUUGUCAAAAUUUUGUGUUGGUAUUCGGAAAAGAAAAUAAAUCGACAAAUAACAACAACACUAUGAGUGAUAUACUCUGAAUGAUAUAGAUUUUAUC